AUUAAAUGAUAGAAUUAAUACAAACUAGGAGAAACCGGUAAAUAUUUGUCGAAUGAUAAUAAAAGUUAUAUCGUUGGGUAGGGAUCGACGAAUCGAAUCCAAUGGUGCAAACAGAUCCAGACGCCGCCAACCCCUUUUCUCUUUCACCGUUCUUUGAUCGGGAACCAGAGAUUAACCAGCGCUGGCCAAAGAGACACCCACGGCGGGUUGACUGGGUCCACGGAGACGAAGCUCCGGCGAUUCCUCCGUCUCCUUCCGGCGAAAUCCAACCCGAUUCUCAGCCCCGCAGCGACACAAAGAUCCUGCAAUUGAACUACGGUGACGAAUUUCGGAGUGUUUUGAAGGCUAAAUCUCUGAAUUUCAGAGUGUUUUGAGCUCCCUUUCAAGGCAAAAUAACUUCUGCGUAUAUGAAAAUGUGCUCCAAACGAUGCACGUGGAUUUUAUCUAAAGUUGAUUACAAAGUUGAGAAGCACUCUUCCUCUUGCAAAGCUGCAUGAGUUGCAAACCCUGUAUUGCUCAUGGAAGGAUGGGAAACUUGGAAAAGACGGUUUCAUGAGAGAAUUGGGAUCAGUUUGUACAACAGAGACCUUAUAUUAUUAACUCUGCACAGUUUGAAUUCCUUGAUAUUAUUUGUCUCGUGUUCAUGUUCUUUGUUAUUGUUUUUGUUCUGUUGAGGACUGUCUUGGGCUUGGCGUGUGCUACUUUCUGCUAUGUUUCUCUUCCAUUAUUGGGUUUGUGCUGACAUGUGGGAGAUUCAUGUUCAAUCCACGAAGAUUCAAGUUCAAUCCACGAAGAUUCUCAAGGAUUGGGUUCCUCACUUGUUCCUUUGUAGGAGCAACAACCUAUAUCAUAGGAAUAAGAUGGACUGAAGAGG